CUAUUCGUUCAAGACACGUUAAUUUGCGUUCAAGUUCGAUUACGCUUGGUCGACUGUAAAGUCGUCGAGGUUUUUCCUGUGACGAGUUUAAAUUAUACCAAUACUCUAUUUCUCCCGUCUUUGCCUUCAUUUCCCCCCACUUUCCUUUGCAGGGCUAAAAUGGGAGGUGCGGUCAGUGCUGGUGAGGACAACGACGAGUUGAUUGACAACCUGAAAGAGGCUCAGUACAUUCGCUCUGAUCUAGUCGAACAUGCAUUCAGAGCCAUUGAUCGUGCCGAUUACUAUCUGGAGGAGUUUCGUGACAGUGCCUACAAGGAUCUGGCCUGGAGACAUGGCAACAUCCACCUUUCUGCACCUUGUAUCUACUCUGAGGUGAUGGAGGCCCUGGAUCUACAGCCUGGCCUGUCAUUUCUUAACCUUGGCAGUGGCACGGGCUAUCUCAGCACCAUGGUGGGACUCAUACUGGGGCCAUUUGGUGUGAAUCAUGGUGUUGAAUUGCAUGAAGAUGUUAUUGAGUAUGCUUAUCAGAAACUGGACUUCUUUAUCAAGACAAGUCAUAGUUUUGACAGGUUUGAUUUCUGUGAACCUUCCUUUGUGGUGGGUAACUGUCUGGAGAUUGCCCCUGAAUCCAAGCAGUAUGACAGGGUUUACUGCGGCGCAGGGGUCCAGAAAGAACAUGAGGAUUACAUGAGGAAGUUGUUGAAAGUUGGGGGUAUCCUAGUAUUGCCACUGGAGGAAAAGCUUACUAAAAUUACUCGGACAGGAUAUAACACAUGGGAGACGAGAAAGAUAAUUGCUGUAUCCUUUGCACCGCUUGUGCUCCCAAAACACAGGGAAAAUGGCAAACCAAGAGCGGUGUCAUUGCCUGUCAUGUUUGAGGUGCGGAGUCUCCAGGAUUUGGCUCGCAUCAGCAUCCGGCAAAUUCUGAAGAAAUCUGGGUCUGGGUCCAUGCCCCUACCCAGGAGAACUGGAUCCAAGAGAAGAAAUAACCUGAGACAUAAACGAGAGCCCCGCGAUACCGCUCUGCUUACCAACAGUUAUUUAUUUAUGAGUCGCCUGAUCCCUGGACCCAUGGAUAACAACAACAACCAGUCAGCAUCAGACAACGAAGAUGAUGAUGAAGACUGCAGGAGGGCUUUUGAACAAGAGGAGAACGGGAGGAGGAAGGAGGGCAGUGUUUUGGUGUCAGAUAUUCCUUUUAACAUCUUGCGGGAGAGGAUCCUCAGUCUGCCUUUGCCAGAGCCUCUCAAGAUGUAUCUUCUUUACUACAGAGAGAAGUAGACAACAUUUCCUAGCUGUCACCCUGACAAGUCGACCACUUUCUUUCAAAAUCACAUCAUUCCCUAACUAAUAAAAACUUUUAUAGUUAUCAGCUUACCACGGUUUUGGUCGCCUCAUUUAUAGAAAACAUUGCACCACUCUUCUAAAUACUUCACCUUUGAUCAACGUACAUACAAUUUAAUUUAUCUUUGAUGUGAAAAGGUUCUGUCAAGGUUUUCUGGAUUCAAAGAGUACUACAAAGCACCACAAAAUCAUGUCAGUUGUGUUGAGUGACUUACAAAUGAAUACAGAAGAACCAAGAUUUAUUAUGAAACAAUUACAUGUGUGUUUAGUCCAAAAGUCUAUGUGUAUUAAUAUUUUAUGUUUGUAAAAUUGUCUGUUUUUACAGCUGUUAUAUCCAAUUGUAUUCCUCUGGUGUAUAAAUUUGUAUAAUCAAGUCUUAUUUGUGUAAUUUAUUACACUUAUAUUAUGUGAAUACAAACACAAGUGUAAAAACGUUGAGUGUCUAACAAUCAGUAAUGACGAAUUUAAGAAUUAUACUUGUACUGUAUUUGUUAACAUUAGUUAAUGAAUUAGCUAAAAUUAAUAAACAAUGAACUAACAUGCAUAACUAUAUUGGCAUUAACAAAGAUUAAUCAACUAAAACAAAAACUACUAUGUUAGCUAAUGCCUUUACUGCUAAUGCAUUUAAUGUUAACAAAUACAACCUUAUUGGAAAUGGUUACAAACAACUUUUUUAAUGGUGCUCCUAAUUAUGCUUUGUCUGCAGGAUGUGCACAUUGUUCAGUGAUGCAGAACGCACAAAUUAGAAAAAAGUUUUACUUUUAUAGUUGCUGUCAAACCAAACUCUUUAUUCUAAAAAUGGCACAAGUCCCUUUGAGCUUAAAUUUUUGUACAAACCUAUUGUAAACAUAACAUAACAAUGUUAGGGAAAAAUGUUCUGUAAUCUCACAUUUGCUUAUUACCUAUAUUACCUUACCAUGCAAAUGAGUGUAAAUGUGGUAAAUAAAUAACCCUAAUGUGUAUUCUAGACAAUA